UUCUACUUUCAAUCUCCACUUUUUUUUUUCUUUCUCCCUCCUCACAAGGCGCUCUUUAAGCUCCGGUGUCGCCACACAGAGCAGCCAUUCAUCGGCUCCCCGACCAGCACCACACACACUCCCAUGUUGAACCGCUGCACGACUACAUUGGUGUAGCAGAUUUCCACUCGUAAAAAGGAUCUGGACACUUUUACGCACCAGAAUGGCUUUGUAUUAAAUAGUCGACAAUAACAGACAUCCAUUUAAAAUAUAUAUUUUUAAGUUAGACUUACUUUUCGACUUUGUGCAGUGUUAAAAGUAACAUAAAAAUGUCCGGAGAGGAGCACAGCCUUUCCGAGGCGGAGCUGAGCCCCGGAGGCUCGGACGACGCUCACUCCCUCUCCCCGGCCCGGGCUGGAGCUCCGCCCGGCCGCGACUCACCUCUGGGCGGCUCUGCGCCCCAGCUGACGGCGCUCUGCGUGGCGGAGGGCGGCAGGGACGACAGGUCCGCGAUCAAGUCGGAGGAGGAGGACGACCGCUUCCCCAUCGGCAUCCGGGAGGCGGUGAGCCAGGUCUUGGACGGCUACGACUGGACUCUGGUGCCCAUGCCGGUGCGCGUCAACAACGGGAACAAGAGCAAGCCGCACGUCAAGCGGCCCAUGAACGCCUUCAUGGUGUGGGCCCAGGCCGCCCGGAGGAAGCUGGCCGACCAGUACCCGCAUCUGCACAACGCCGAGCUGAGCAAGACCCUGGGCAAACUGUGGAGGUUGCUCAACGAGAGUGACAAGAGGCCAUUCAUCGAGGAGGCGGAGAGGCUGAGGAAGCAGCACAAGAAGGACUACCCGGAGUACAAGUACCAGCCCCGAAGACGCAAAAACGGCAAACUCACGCCCGCCAAUGAGUCGGACAGCCCGGGGGAAGAAGGGGCCAGCCAUUCCCAGUCACACUACAAGAGCCUGCAUCUGGAGCACAAUGGCGGCCCUGGCUCCCCGCUGGGCGACCUGCACCAUCAUCACCACCAUCACCACCAUCACCCGGCCAGUCAGGGUCACAGCCCCCCCACUCCCCCCACCACCCCAAAGACAGAGCUCCAGUCCGGCAAGAUGUCCGACAGCAAGAGGGAGGGGGCAGCCGGAGGGUCGGGGGGAGCCAGGGGAGCCCUGGGCGAAGGGGUGUCCGGCGGCCAUUCGUCGUCCGGCUCCAAGCCCCACAUCGACUUUGGCACCAUGGACAUCGGCGAGAUCAGCCACGAGGUGAUGGCCAACAUCGAGCCUUUUGACGUCAACGAGUUCGACCAGUACUUGCCACCCAACGGGCACCCCCAGGGCACGCCCGGGGCCCCCGCCGCGGGAUCCUCCGCCUCUUCCUAUGCCUACGCCCUGGCCGCGGCCAGCGGCCACUCGGCCUGGCUCUCCAAGCAGCAGCAGCCCCAGGCCUCGCCCUCGUCCUCCGACCCCUCCAAAACCCAGAUCAAAAGUGAGUCGGCGACCGGGGGCCACUACGCCGAGGCCUCCUCGUCGCCCUCCUCGGGGACCCACGUCACCUACACCCCGCUCAGCCUCCCCCACUACGGCUCGGCGUUCCCCUCGCUGGCCUCCAGAGCGCAAUUUGAGUACGGGGACCACCAGGCGCCCGGGGCGUACUACGCCCACUCCAGUCAGGCCCCCGGGCUGUAUUCCGCCUUCUCCUACAUGGGGCCGACACAGAGGCCUCUGUACACCACCAUAGGAGACCCCUCCAGCGUGGCCCCCUCCCACAGCCCCACACACUGGGAGCAGCCUGUUUACACCACGCUCACAAGACCCUGAGGGGCGGGGGUGGAGUCGAGGGAAAUAUGGGAAGUGUGUUAAUGGCUUCGCCUGACGUGUGUGUGAGUGCGUGUGUGUGUGCGUGUGUUUGUGAGUGUGUAUGCCAUGUUCUUGUACAAUUUGAAGUUUUUACAUUUUUUAGCUGAUAAAAAGCAUCCUGUAGGGGCUCAGUGUGCAGCCAAUCAUUAGAAGUGUUUGAAAGGAAGGUGUGCCAUCAGGAUUGUUGUACAGCAAGUGGAGAGGAGCCAAUAGGUGGUGUUGAAUUAUGUCAGACUCAAAGUUGUGGGCCAGCCUUCAGUCUGUGGUCCAAAACCUUCAAGGAAGAAUUUUGCAUUUCUCCAGGAAAAACGCCCCGUUGUUUUCGGGUUUUGCCCAGCAGGCACGAGACAUUGAAACAACGUUGAGGACUUGGUGAAUUACGUUCCGACGUUGAGCAACUCAAACAUAACGUGGAAAUAACGUGUUUAUUGACGACAUUUAAGCAAUGUUGGGUUCUGACGUUUAUUUGAUCAUUGAAUUUUGGUCUUAUCUCAACCAAUAUUCUACAACAGUGAGCCCCAACCAACGGGCCGCAGAAUAAUUUUUUAUAAAUGUUUUUAUUUUAUAAAUUCUUAAAUUUUUUUAAUUAAAUCAACAUAAAAAACACAAAAUACAUUUACAAUUAGUGCACCAACCCAAAAAACCUCCCUUUUACAUGACAAAAAAAAAAAAAUCCCCCCGCCGAGCCGCAGGACAAAUUAUCUAGCGUUGACCGGUCCGCAGCUACAAAAAGGUUGGGGACAAAUACAAAUACAACAUUGAUACAACGUGCUUUCUGACGAUGUUUAAUCAAUGUCGCGUUCUGACGUUGAUUUGACCGUUGAGUUUUGGUCAUUUCCCAACAAAUAUUCUAUAACACAAAUACAACAUUGAUACAACGUGCUUUCUGACGACGUUUAAUCAAUGUCGCGUUCUGAUGUUUUUUGACCAUUGAAUUCGGGUCAUAUCUCAACCAAUAUUCUACAACACACAUCACACUUUGAAAAAACAUGCCUUUUGACAACGUUUAUUUAAUGUCAGGUUGUGACAUUGACUUGACCUUUGAAAUUGGGUCAUUUCCCAACCAAUAUUCUACAACACAAAUACAACGUUGAAACAACAUGCUUUUUGACAAGGUUUAAUCAAUGUCGCGUUCUGACGUUUAUUUGAUCAUUGAAUUUUGGUCAUUUCCCAACCAAUAUUCUACAACACAAAUACAACGUUAAAACUACAGUACAUGCUUUUUGACAUUUAAUCAAUGUUGGCUUCUUAUGUUUUUUGACCAUUGAAUUUUGGUCGUAUCUCAACCAAUAUUGUACAACACAAAUACAACGUUGAAACAACAUGCUUUUUGACAACGUUUAUUCAAUGUCAGGUUGUGACGUUGAUUUAACCGUUUAGUUUUGGUCAUUUCCCAACCAAUAUUCUACAACACAAAUACAAUGUUGAAACAACAUUCUUUUUGACAAUGAUUAACGAAUUUGGGCCAUUUCCCAACCAAUAUUCUACAACACAAACGUAACGUUGAAACAAUGUGCUUUUUGACAAGGUUUGAUCAAUGCCGGAUUUGGACGUUGAUUUGACAAUUGAAUUUUGGUCAUUUCCCAACCAAUAUUCUACAACACAAGUACAACGUUAAAACUACAGUGCAUGCUUUUUGACAUUUAAUCAAUGUUGGCUUCUUAUGUUUUUUGACCAUUGAAUUUUGGUCAUAUCUCAACCAAUAUUGUACAACACAAAUACAACGUUGAAACAACAUGCUUUUUGACAACGUUUAUUCAAUGUCAGGUUGUGACGUUGAUUUAACCGUUAUGUUUUGGUCAUUUCCCAACCAAUAUUCUACAACACAAAUACAAUGUUGAAACAACAUUCUUUUUGACAAUGAUUAACGAAUUUGGGCCAUUUCCCAACCAAUAUUCUACAACACAAACGUAAUGUUGAAACAAUGUGCUUUUUGACAAGGUUUGAUCAAUGCCGGAUUUGGACGUUGAUUUGACAAUUGAAUUUUGGUCAUUUCCCAACCAAUAUUCUACAACACAAAUACAAUGUUAAAACGACAUGCUUUUUGACGAGGUUUGAUCAAUGUCGGAUUCUGAUGUUGAUUUGACAAUUGAAUUUUGGUCAUUUCCCAACCAAUAUUCUCCAACACAAAUACAACGUUAAAACUACAUGCUUUUUGACAUUUAAUCAAUGUUGGCUUCUGAUGUUUUUUGACUAUUGAAUUUUGGUCGUAUCUCAACCAAAAUUCUACAACACAAAAUACAACGUUGAAACAACAUGCUUUUUGACAACGUUUAUUCAAUGUUGAGUUCUGGCGUUGAUUUGACCAUUGAAUUUUGGUCAUUUUCCAACCAAUAUUGUACAACACAAACAUAACAUUGAAACAACAUGCUUUUUGACAUUUAAUCAAUGUCGCGUUCUGACGUUGAUUUGACCUUUGAAUAUUUUGGUCGUAUCUCAACAAAUAUUCUACAACACAGACAUAACGUUGAAACAACAUGCUUUUUGACAACGUUUAAUCAAUGUCGUGUUCUGACUUUGAUUUGACCGUUGAGUUUUGGUCAUUUCCCAAGCAAUAUUCUUCAACAGAAACACAACAUUGAAAAAACAUGCUUUUUGACAAUGAUUAUUCAAUGUCAGGUUGUGACAUUGAUUUGACCUUUGAAUUCGGGUCAUAUCUCAACUAAUAUUCUACAACACAAAUCUAACGUGGAAACAACAUGCUUUUUGACAACGUUUAUUUGAUGUCAGGUUGUGACGUUGAUUUGACCGUUUAAUUUUGGUCAUUUCCCAACGAAUAUUCUACAACACAAAUACAACGUUGAAACAACAUGCUUUUUGAUGGCAUUUAAUCAAUUUUGCAUUCUGACGUUGAUUUUAACCAUUGAAUUUUGGUCAUGUCCCAACCAAUAUUCUACAACACAGAUACAAAGUUGAAACAACAUGCUUUUUGACGACGUUAAAUCAAUUUCCCAAUCUGACGUUGAUUUGAUCAUUCAAUAUUUUGGUCGUAUCUCAACCAAUAUUCUACAACACACAUACAAAGUUAAAACAACAUUCUUUUCGAUGCAUUUAUUAAUGUCAGGUUGUGAUAUUUUAAUUUGGGUCAUAUCUCAACCAAUAUUUUACAACACAAAUACAAUGUGGAAACAACAUGCUUUUUGACAACUUUUAUUCAAUGUCAUGUUCUGACGUUCAUUUGACCGUUGAGUUUGGGUCAUAUCCCAACCAAUAUUCUACAAAACAAAUACAACGUUGAAACAACAUGCUUUUUAACAACGUUUAUUCAAUGUCAGGUUGCGACAUUGGGCAAUGCAAACAUAAUGUUGAAACAACAUGCUUUUUGUCAACAUUUGUUCAAUGUUGGGUUGUAACGUUAAUUUGACCAUUUAAUAUUGGUCAUAUCUCACCCAAUAUUCUACAACAUAAAUUCAACGUUGAAACAACAUGCUUUUUAUUGUUUAUUCAAUGUCAGGUUGUGACAUUGGGAAACUCAAACAUAACGUUGAAACAACAUGCUUUUUGACAACGUUUAUUCAAUGUUGGCUUCCGAUGUUGAUUUGAUGGUGGAAUUUUGGUCAUAUCUCAACUAAUAUUCUACAACACAAAUACAACGUUGAAAGAACAUGCUUUUUGACAACGUUUUUCAAUGUCAGAUUGUGACAUUGAUUUUACCGUUGAAUAUUGAUCAUAUCUCAACCAAUAUUUUGCAACACAGCUACAACGUUGAAACAACAUGCUUUUUGAAGAUGUUUUUUCAAUCUUAGGUUCUGACGUUGAUUUGACCAUGGAAUUUUGGUCAUUUGAAAAAAAAAUAUUCAACAACAUAAAUACAACGCUGAAACAACAUGCUUUUUGACAGCAUGUAUUCAAAGUUGAGUUCUGGUGUUGAUUUGACUAUUGAAUUUUGACCAUACUUCAACUAACAUUCUGCAACAUAGAUACAACGUUGAAACAACAUGCUUUUUGACGACGUUUAUUCAACGUCCGGUUGUGACGUCGGGUAACACAAACAUAAGUUGAAACAACAAGCUUUUUGACGACGUUUAUUCAAUGUCCGGUUCUGGGGUCGAUUUCACGGUUGAAUUUCGGUCAUACCUCAACCAACAUUCUGCAACAUAUAUACAACGUGGAAACAAAAUGUUUUUUGACAACGUUUAUUCAAUGUUUGGUUCUGACGUCAGGCAACUCAAACAUAACGUUGAAACAACAUGCUUUUUGAUGAUAAGCAUUCAAUGUCAGGUUCUGGCGUUGAUUUUACGGUUGAAUUUCGGUCAUACCUCAACAUAGAUACAACGUGGAAACAACAUGCUUUUUGACGACGUUUAUUCAACAUCAGGUUCUGACAUUGGGCAACUUAAACAUAACGUUGGAACAACAUGCUUUUAACGACGUUUAUCCAAUGUCAGAGUGUGUGUUGAUUUGACCAUUGAAAUCCGGUCAUUCCCCCAACCAACAACACAGAUCCAACGUUAGACACCGACGUCUUCUCCGUUUACAAAUGCAGCUAUUUUCCAUCGUAGUUUGGAAGUCAGUUUCCAAGGACGUGUACGUAUAACCAACGUUGUAACAACUUCUCGUUCCUGCUGGGUGAAAGCGUUGGUUUUGACAGCCCAUUGAAAAGUCACAUGGCUGAACACAACCUAUAGAUGUUGUGUAGGUUCACACUGGCACCAUCCCAUUUAUUAACCAAACUAAAAGAGUAUUUUCGGAAUUUUGUGUUCUUUUCUAUAAGUAGUAUGCUAGAGUGUAACUUUAUUGUGACUGACUUUAUAUAACACACUUACACCGCUUGGGGAGACCUUGUUCGCCCAACUCCUCACGGCGUGCGUCUUUGUCCUUCCACCUGCAGCGCGUACGGGAUCAACAUAGGAAUACCAGAGGGAAAGAGAGCUCUUCAAAAAGAUACGACAGCUUUUUUCGCUCCGUCUCGGACACUUUUUUUUUUACCUCAACUCUCACUCUCACCUUGUGCCAUUCCAAGAGAAAAAGUCCACUUUCAACGAACUGUCUUGCUUCUUUUUCUCCUUGCUUUUGUAACAAUUUGCUGAGUUGUGGUAAUGAGCUAUAGUACAAAGUCUCAAUCAAAUCCCUUGAGAUAAUUGGCCAGCUUUGGGUGCGACUUAAGGAUUACUUGGAAUCACGUGUACGAUUGUUGUGCACGUGUCCCACUUGGCCGCUCGCUCCUAGGGGGGCUACUAUACUUCCUCUUGGGCAAUGUGAAUAUUACACCUCUGCUACAUGACGCAUAUUUUAGCAUUUUAUACUGACCAUGCAGUUAUUGUUCCUGUUAAUUAUGUCACGCCUUUUCUUUCCUCCAUUUUUUGUAUAAUUCCCAAAUAGUUUUUGUAAAGUGUUUGCCAUACGUUGAGCAUUUUGCUUCCUUACAAGAAAAAGCAAUGUUGAAAAAUUAUUGUUGUCACCUAUUAAAUCAAUUUAUUUAUAAAAUAAUUUACUAUGCAAGACAUUUUCUUUUAUUAAUUUUUUGUGUCAGUAUUCGCAUCACUUUUUCCACAUUUUGUUUUGUCACAGCGUUAUUCCAUUGUUUUCCCCUCAAAAUUCUACAACACAAAUACAACAUUUAUUCAAUGCUGGGUUGUGGCGUUGAUUUGACGGUUGAAUUUUGGUCAUAUCUCAACCAAUAUCCUCCAACACAAAUACAACGUUGACACAACUUGCUUUUUUACGACGUCUAUUCAAUGUCAGGUUCUGACUUUGGGCAACGCAAACAUAACGUUGAAACAACAUGCUUUUUGACAUCGUUCAUUCAAUGUUGGCUUCUGAGAUUAAUUUGAGGGUUGAACUUUAGUCAUUUCCCAAACAAUUUUAUACAACACAAAUACAAUGUUGAAAUAACAUGCCUUUUGACGACGUUUAUUCAAUGUCAGGUUGUGACGUUAAUUUGACUGUUGAAUUUUAGUCAUAUCUUAACCAAUAUUUUACAACACAAAUACAACGUUGAAACGACCUGCUUUAACAUGUAUUUAAUGUCAGGUUUUGGCGUUGAUUUGAAGUUUGAAUUUUGGUCAUAUUCCAAUAUUCUACAACAUAGAUACAAUGCGGAAACAACAUGCUUUCGGACAACGUUUAUUCAAAGUCAGGUUCUGACUUUGGGCAGCUCAAACAUAACAUUGAAAGGUUCAUUCAAUGUUGGAUUCUGAUGUUGAUUUGACUAUUGAACUUUGGUCAUUUUCCCAACCAAUAUUUUACAACUAAAAAAUAACGUUGAAACAACAGGCGUUUUGACGACUUUUAUUCAAUGUCAGGUUGUGACGUUGAUUUGACCUUUGAAUUUUGAUCAUUUCCCCACCAAUUUUCUACAACACAAAUACAACGUUGAAACACCAUGCUUUUUGUCAACUUUUAUUCAAUGUGGGCCUCUGACGUUGAUUUGAAUGUUGAAAUUUGGUCAUAUCUCAACUAAAAUUCUACAACACAACUACAACGUUGUAACAACAUGCUUUUUGACAACGUUUAUUCAAUGUCAGGUCGUGGGGUUGAUUUGACCAUUGAAUUUUGGUCAUUUCCCAACCAAUAUUUUGCAACACAGAUACAACGUGGAAACAACACGCUUUUUGACAACGUUUUUUCAAUAUCAGGUUCUGACGAUCAUUUGACUGUUGAAUUUUGGUCAUAUUUCAACUAAUAUUCUACAACACAAAUACAACGUGGAAACAACAUGCUUUUUGACGACAAUUAAUCAAUAUCCGUUUCUGACCUUGGGCGACUCAAACAUAACGUUGAAACAACAUGCUUUUUGACAAUGUUUAUUUAAUGUCAGGUUGUAACGUUGAUUUGACCGUUGAAUUUUGGUCAUAUCUCUACCAAUAUUCUGCAACACAAAUACAACGUUGAAACAACAUGGAUUCAAUGUUGGGUUCUGACAUUGAUUUGACCAUUGAAUUUUGGUGAUUUCGCUACAACGUUGAAACAACAUGCUUUUUGACAACAUGGAUUCAAUGUUGGGUUCUGACAUUGAUUUGACCAUUGAAUUUUGGUGAUUUCGCAACAACAUGCCUUUUGACGACGUUUUUUCAAUGUCGGGUUGUGACGUUCAUUUGCUUGUUGAAUCUCAGUCAUAUCUCAACCAAUACUGUACAACAGAAAUACAACGUUGAAACAACAUGUUUUUUAACAACGUUUUGUCAAUAUCAGGUUUUGACAUUAUUUUGACUGUUGAAUUUUUGUCAUAUCUCAACUAAUAUUUUACAACACAAAUACAAUGUGGAAAAAACAUGCUUUUUGACAACGUUUAAUCAAUGUCCGGUUCUGACCUUGGGCAACGCAAACAUAACGUUGAAACAACAUGCUUUUUGUCAAUGUUUAUUUAAUGUUGGCUUCUGACGUUGAUUUGACGGUUGAAUUUUGGUCAUAUCUCAACUAAUAUGCUACAACACAAAUACAAUGUUGAAACAAAA